AUGUGUUUUAGGAAAUCGGUAUUUGGGAGUUGUCUGAUUCUAAUAGCGUUUGCGUGUUGGUUUAAUGCGAAGAGCGGCGAAGCAUUUGGUACGUUCGGAUUCGACAUCCACCACAGAUAUUCCGACACUGUUAAGGAAUUCUUGAACCUUGAUGGGUUGCCGGAGAAAGGCACCGUUGACUACUACUCCGCCAUGGCCCACCGCGAUCAUCUCUUCAAGGGCCGCCGCCUCGCCACCACCACCACCGACAGCCAACCCAUCACUUUCUUUGGUGGCAACGAGACAUACCGGAUCAGCUCUCUUGGAUUCUUGCACUAUUCAUUUGUUACUGUGGGUACCCCUCCGGUGGAAUAUCUUGUGGCACUCGACACAGGCAGUGACCUAUUCUGGUUACCAUGCGACUGCACUACUACCUGUUUGCGUAGCUUUAACAUCAGUUCCGAAGAGACGUUGAAGCUAAACAUAUACAGUCCCAGUACAUCGACAUCUAGUGUGCCAGUUCCAUGCAAUAGCACUAUUUGUGUCCGACCACAAAGAGGAUGCUCUGUUCGGCUCAAUGCUUGUGCUUACCAAGAAUUAUACCUCUCCGCCAACACCUCAACCACAGGCAUAUUAGUUGAUGAUGUUUUGCAUUUGGGUACAGAUACCGAUCCACAAGAACCCAUCGAUGCCCCAAUCACAUUAGGAUGUGGAAUAAUUCAAACGGGUGCUUUUGUGGAUGGUGCUGCUAUAAAUGGUCUAUUCGGACUUGGUAUGGACGCCGCGAUGGACUUGGACGAAUUCAAUUUGGAGAUAAAGGAAGCGCAGACCAACAACCCGAGUUAUAAUGUCACUGUGACACAAAUUGUUGUGGGCGAAAAUGAGACGGAUAUAGACUUCUCAGCACUGUUUGACACUGGCACGUCGUUUGCAUACUUGAACGAUCCAGCUUACUCGGUUAUUGUACAAGGCUUUGAUUCUCAAAUAAUCGAGCCACGUUAUGUACCUCCGAGGAGAAUUAUAUUCGACUAUUGCUAUUCGCUCAGUGCAACUCAAAAGAGCUAUAGCAUUCCACGAUUGAAUUUGAUAAUGAAAGGUGGAGGACAGUUUUUUGUUAAGGCACCGACGUUUGUGAUUCCGCGGGAGGGGGGAUAUGCAUAUUGUCUGGCUAUUGUCAAAAGCGAGGAUAUUAACAUCAUUGGACAAAAUUUUAUGACGGGGUACCGCCUAGUCUUUGAUCGCGAGGAGAUGGUUUUGGGUUGGAAAGAAGCUAACUGCUACGAGUCCAUCUCAUCCAACAGUACUCCACCCAUAAACAAGGGAAGCCCCGUUAAAAGUCCUCCACCUUCGGUUUUCACACCGGAAGCCACUCAUGAUUCAUCACCGCCACCACCACCACCAUCACCAACAACAACAACGAGGCCACUUUUUGGAAACGGAAGUGGUGUUGCCGCCCGUUUGAGUUCCGUGACUACCGGACUUGUGAUGGUCUUACUCGCCACUUUAGCUCUUGUUUAA